AUGAAUCGCUCCUUUUUUGUUGCCGUAUUGUUAUUCUGUGCAGCCACAUGCUUGGUUUUGGCAGUAUCUUCGGCUCCUUUUGUGAGUGCUCAAACUCAGGAGCAAAGUCAGCAGCAAUCAUCCACACAACCGUCUCAAGCGCCGCCCCAACAAGUCAACCAACCUCAGCAACCGUCAUCCAGUCCGUCCAGUAAUAGCAGAUUGGCCAUCUACAUUAAUAACAUUAAUUCUCAGUUGGCAUUAAUCCAAAAAAUUGGGCAGUAUUGUUACAUCAAUAGUCAACAGCAGCAGCAACAAGCACAAAUGGCUCCUCCACAACAACAACAGCAAAUGCCACAACAAAUGUAUGCACCUCCUCCUCAACAACAAGGAAUGCAGCAACAAAUGUAUCCUCCAUCUCAACAACAGGGAUAUCCUCAAGGUCAAAUGCCUCCUCAGGUGAUGCAAAUCUCAGAUCCCAACCAACCAGCUCCUCCAGGUCAAGCCCCACCAACACCAUUACCUCAAGACAAUCCUGUUGGUCAAACUAUUCGAAUGACACGAGGUUUGCGACAAAUGGCUCCUCCUCCACAACAAAUGUAUGCACCUCCACCUCAACAGCAAAUGCCACAGCAAAUGUAUGCUCCUCCUCAACAACAAGGAAUGUAUUCGCCACAAAUGCCUCUGCAAGGAAUGCCUGCUGGAGGUCAAGGUCAGCCCAAUGCUCAAGCGACUCAGUCACAACCAACUCUCACUCAAUCCAUGAUUUCACCAUGUUCACUCAUUACAGAUUCUGCCAAUAAUAUUCAAUCCAAUUUAGAUCUCAUUGUGAAUAAUGACUUGAAUACGACCAACGCUCAGGACUCUCAAUUAAUUACAAGUCAAAUCAAACCUGCUGUUGCAAACUUGGUCAGUGCUGCUAAAUCAGUCGAUUGGAAUACCUUCCAACAAGUUGCUUCAAGCUUACAAUCGCUCAUGACUCAAAUUAGUGGUAAUUAUGGUCAAGUCCAACAAGGUCAACAACAACAGCAACAGCAAGGAGGAAUGCAAUCAAUGCCUCCUCCUCCUCAACAACAAGGUGGUAUGCAACAAAUGCCUCCUCCACAACAAGGAUAUCCUUCAUCACCCAUGUAUCCACCAACCUAUGGUCAACAACAACAACCAAUGUAUCCAGCUGCUCAACAAGGUUAUCCAAGCCAACAAGUAUAUCCAGGAUAUGGUGGUCCACAGCAAAUGUAUCCUCCAUCUCAACAACAAGCCUACUAUCCUCAACAAUCCGCUUAUCCAGCUCAGCAACAAGCAUACUAUCCUCAACAAGCUGGUGGUCAACCUUACUCUUACAACCCAUCCAUGUAUGGUGGAGCUCAACCAUGGGUGUCAAUAGCUGGUGUUUCAGCACCAAACCAGCAACAACCAAUGGUUUACAAUGGACAAUUUCCUGGUCAGCAAAUGGCAUAUGGAUCAAGGCCUGGUCAAACUUCUUUAGGAGAUCCUUACAUGGAAUCAUUGAUGAAUUAUGGAAUGACCAUGCCAAUUCCACAAAGACCUCAACAACAGCAACAAGCGACUCCUCCUCAAAGAUAA